CGGAGGAGGAGGAGGAGGAGAAGGAGGCCCCGGCCCGGGCCCGACAUGGGGCGGGAGGCGUCGCUCCGCGUGGUCCGCAGCGGGGGCAGCGCGCUCGUCUUCUGCCGCACCGUCUUCUCCGCAGAUUCUCGGUUCCUGCUGUGUAUCUCGGGGGACUUCAUCAAAGUAUUCAGCGUGUCGACAGAAGAGUGCUUGCACGUCUUGCAGGGACAUACCGCCUUGGUGACCGGCAUCCAGCUCAACCCCAACAACCACCUGCAGCUGUAUUCUUGUUCUCUCGAUGGCACCGUUAAGCUCUGGGACUUCUCCGACGGGAUUCUCAUCAAGACCUUCGUCGUGGGAUGUGAACUCUAUGCCUUAUACCCAGCCACUCACCUCAAGGACUUGGUUUUUCUUCUCGUCCCUCAGAAAGGAGCACAAGACGGCACCUCCCAGCUGAUUUCGGUGAAGCUGCCCAGGUCCCCCGGCCGGGAAAUCGAAGCCGGGGAGCAGAACGUCGUCCUGGAUUACAUCGACAAGUCCCCCAAGUGCACGGCAGUCAGCCAGCUGGGGGAUUACGUGGCUACAGCACGAGGCUACUGUUUGUCAGUGUAUUUUUUCAAGAAGAAAGUAACAAACAGGUUCUUCUUAUCAGAAGCAAUCAAGAAGGGCGCCAGAAACUGCUUUACCUGCCUGGCAUGCCACCCUCAGGAGGACUGCAUCGCCAGCGGCCAUCAGGAUGGCAGGAUCCGUCUCUGGAGAAAUUUUGACAACAAGGUCACGUACACAUAUACUUCACUUCAUUGGCACCACGAUGCGGUCACGGACCUGGCUUUCUCAGUGGAGGGCAGUACGUUGUUGAGCGGUGGCAGGGAGGCGGUGCUGGUGCAGUGGCGGUGCCAGCUGGACCGGAACAGGGAGUUUCUGCCCCGCCUGGGAGCCCCCAUCGACCACAUCGCCGUCUCCCCCACCGGGGAUCGGUACUGCAUCUCCCACUCGGAUAACAAGCUCACCAUCAUUCAGAGCAACCUACAGGUGUCGGCCAUGAUCCAAGGCCUGGUACGAGGCAGCUGUAUCCAUACCGGUUUGGUGAUCGACCCGAGGACCCAGGCCCUGGUUCUGAACGGGAAACCGGGACACCUGCAGUUUUACUCCCUCCAGAAUGACAAACAGCUAUAUAACCUGGACAUCGUGCAACAAGAGUACAUCAACGAGGCGGGCCUGAUCCAGGUGGAGCUGGUCAAGGCCGCGUUCGACAGCCAGGGCCUGUGGCUGGCCACGGUGGAGCAGCGCUACGAGAAGGCCACGGAACUGGAGUUGCAGCUGAAGCUGUGGGAGUUUAAAACCAAGACCCAGAGCUUUGCUCUGAACACGAGAGUCAACAUGCCUCAUGACGACUUCAUCACGGCCCUGUGCUUCCGCCCCGUGGACGCCCAGGGAGCCCCCACCCUGGUGACGGCCAGCAAAGAGGGACGCUUCAAAGUCUGGGUCUGCACAGUGGAGUCAGACACAGGCAAACAGGCCGCGGCCUGGACCUGUGACUUUGUGGGCAACUACCACGGCUACCAGCCGACCAAAUGCUGCUUCAGCGAGGAUGGCUCCCUGCUGGCGGUGGCCUUCCAGGAGAUCGUCACGCUGUGGGACUCGGACAGUUGGGACCUCCGCUGGACCUUCUGCCACCCCCCAGGCUGGAUCAGGAGUCUGUGCUUUGGACGACUGAAGUGCUCCAAGUACCUCCUGGGCACCACGAAUACCGACAUCCUGUGUUGCUGGAACUUGCUCAGCUGCGAAUUGGAAUGGAGCGUCCAGCUGAACGUGGAAGUGCUGGAGUCGGACCCCCUGUCCGAACAUAUUGCCGCAAUCACUUCGUCCGCAGGGGGGUCAGAUUUGUUUGUAUUCAAGCCCAGUGAGCCAAGGCCUCUGUGUGUCCAGAAGCACAUCUGUGCGGAAAAGGUGUUGUACGCCGUGUUUGUGUCCAGGGACGUCCCCGAGUCCUUCCUCUCUGAAACGUCCCAGUGGCUCAACCGCUCUCAGUUCUACUUUCUCACCGAGAACCAGGAUCUCAUGACCUUCAGCUCGAAUUCCCCAGAAGAGAAGCUGACCCCCUCCAGCAAGCAGUUGCUGGCCGAGGAGAACCUGCCCGUCACUCCCUUCUACUACAUCCUGGGCAAGUAUCAGGAGCAGCCACCGCCAGCCCAGCAGGAUGCAGGCUUAAACAGCGGGAUGCUCACCGCUUUGCCCGAAGGCACGGUGGCCAUCAAUGAGCUCCUCCGCACCCCGGCCCAUGUGCUGCCGCCGGCUUCGCUCCUGUGCUCCAUGUUCGUUCGCUCGCUGCUGCUGUCCAAGGGGACGCCCAGUCCCGAGGAAAAAGCUGAUGACGUUGAAAUGGAGAAUGAGGAGGAGGAGGAGGAAGAGGAGGAGGAAGAGGAGAAGGCGGCCGAAGAUUCCAAUGAGGAAAACCAUCAGACCAAGGUGGACCAGGACGACCCUGGUUUGGAGGGUGACGUCCCCCUUCAACUGCUGAAAUCCCAGGAGAAGGAACUGCGCAAACUGAGGAAAACGGAUUACAGCUGGCUGGCCGCUCUGUGAGGGCGCUGCAUCCCCUCUGCCCUGGGCAGGAGAAGAGGGCGGCCCGGGACCCAAGCGGGAGGGUUGGUGUCGCUGGCCCUGCUCGUGCCGACCUUCUUUCACUUAAAUGUCAGAACUUUCCAACCCGGACAUCUUCGGCCCGAACAAGAAGGUCUCAGAGGAGGCCUAGACUGCCUAGCCAAACCGCUCUCUGCCCACUAGGCAAACAGCAGCUGUCCUGGCAGGGCUCUCGCCCAGCCCCGCCAAGCUGAGACGGGCAGUGCUGCUUCCACCGCUGCCGCCACAGAUCGCGCCCAGGAGCCCACCUCGCUGCCGUCAGCAGAACGCCCCCGGCCCCCAAACCCGUGUAGUCCUCCAGAGUCAAUAAAAGCUGAAUGCCGUCGCCAAGUAUCUAAAAA